ACUGAGAUCUGAGACAUCCAUCGCCUUCGCAUCAGAUUCAUAGGGGUUUCAGUUGAGGGCGUCUUAAUAAACGCUUCCAAUUUUCUCUCUCUACUUACCAUUCUUCAGAUCUCUCUGUGCAUAUCCAUCUCUAGAUCCAUACCUUCCAGCGACAAUGAGAGAGUGUAUCUCCAUUCACAUUGGUCAAGCCGGUAUUCAGGUCGGCAAUGCCUGCUGGGAACUUUACUGCCUCGAGCAUGGCAUUCAGCCUGAUGGCCAAAUGCCUAGUGACAAGACUGUUGGGGGUGGUGAUGAUGCUUUCAACACCUUUUUCAGUGAAACUGGUGCUGGAAAGCAUGUUCCCCGUGCAGUUUUUGUAGAUCUUGAGCCCACUGUCAUCGAUGAGGUGAGGACAGGAACAUACCGCCAACUUUUCCACCCAGAACAGCUCAUCAGUGGCAAGGAAGAUGCAGCUAACAACUUUGCCCGCGGACACUACACCAUUGGAAAAGAGAUUGUUGAUCUCUGCUUGGAUCGUAUCCGGAAGCUUGCUGAUAACUGCACUGGUCUUCAGGGUUUCCUGGUCUUCAAUGCUGUUGGUGGAGGCACUGGCUCUGGUCUUGGUUCCCUUCUUCUGGAACGUCUGUCAGUUGAUUAUGGCAAGAAAUCGAAGCUUGGUUUCACUGUCUAUCCUUCACCACAGGUUUCAACCUCCGUUGUUGAACCCUACAACAGCAUACUCUCUACCCACUCCCUUCUGGAACACACUGAUGUUGCUGUUCUGCUGGAUAAUGAGGCCAUCUAUGAUAUUUGCAGACGUUCUUUAGAUAUUGAGCGACCCACCUACACUAACCUUAACCGUUUGGUUUCUCAGGUGAUUUCAUCCCUGACUGCUUCCCUAAGGUUUGAUGGUGCAUUGAAUGUUGAUGUGAAUGAGUUCCAGACUAACCUGGUACCAUACCCCAGGAUUCACUUCAUGCUUUCAUCUUAUGCCCCUGUUAUCUCGGCUGAGAAGGCCUAUCACGAGCAGCUUUCAGUUGCAGAGAUCACUAACAGUGCAUUUGAACCGUCAUCCAUGAUGGCCAAGUGUGAUCCUCGCCAUGGCAAGUACAUGGCAUGCUGCCUGAUGUACAGAGGCGAUGUGGUUCCCAAGGAUGUCAAUGCAGCUGUGGCCACUAUCAAAACUAAGCGCACAAUCCAAUUUGUGGACUGGUGCCCCACUGGAUUCAAAUGUGGUAUCAACUACCAGCCCCCAACCGUUGUUCAGGGUGGUGAUCUUGCCAAGGUGCAGAGGGCUGUGUGCAUGAUCUCGAACUCCACUAGCGUUGCAGAGGUGUUCUCACGCAUUGACCACAAAUUUGACCUCAUGUAUGCUAAGAGGGCAUUUGUACACUGGUAUGUCGGUGAGGGAAUGGAGGAAGGUGAAUUCUCUGAAGCCCGUGAGGACCUUGCUGCUCUUGAGAAGGACUACGAGGAGGUAGGUGCUGAGUAUGCUGAGGGUGAAGAUGGUGAUGAGGGAGAUGAGUACUGAGUGGUGAAUGUGUGCUUUUGUCCUGCUAGUUUUAUUUCAUUUCCUUGUUUCUCUGUCUGGUGGUGUUUGCUAUGUUGGUCUUUCUCUAUGGUUGUUGUAUUCUUCUAUUUUCGCUCACUUUGUUUGCAGCAGCUGCUUAAUUGCUGUUUGCAAUGUUAUCGUGUUCUUGUACUAGACUUCUUUGAUGAUAUGAAUGUGGCUGUGUUAGAAAUUGUCUA